AUGUUUAACUUACAAACAGGACCGAAAGAAGUAUUUCCAUAUAACUACUACAGCAGUGUUUUGUUAGCAAAUGACAACAGAACUGGUGUCAUUUCUGAAGCAUGUAAGUUUAUCCAUGAUGCAGAUACAUUUAUGAAGAACAUAGAUUCCAUCAAAGGUUGCAGAAUAGAUGAAAACCACUUCGACUUAGAAAAAUAUAGCACGUUUUACUGCAAACAAGAUGUAAGAAUUUUAAGAGAAGGUUUUGUAAAGUUCCGCAAUGACUUAUUGAAAGAGUUUGAUUUAAACGUUUAUGACUACGUUAGUAUUUGUUCAAUUGCUAACAAAUUGUUUGAGAACAGAGUAUACUUCCCGAAUGGAAAUCUUUAUGACCUCUCAAAUAAACCAAGAGAAUUUAUUUCGAGAUGCAUUCAAGGUGGAAGAUGUAUGUUGUCAGAUAACAUGAAACAAAAGAGCAAAAAGAAACUCAUUGCUGACUUCGACACUGUUUCAUUAUAUCCUUCAGCUAUAGCAAGACUUUAUACUUUAGAAGGUAUUCCAAAAGUAUUGAAGGAUGAGAUGUUAAGCACAGAGUAUCUCAUGAGACAUUUAUUCGAUGAUGACCAAAAGGAACCCAUUGGUGAAAAGUUUAUGUCUGGCUUCUUUGUUCUCAUUAAGAUAACAGAGAUUGGUAUACCCAGACACUUUCAUUUAAUAGUUUGCGACCCUGAACUAAAUCCAGAACUUAACGUUCCAAGAAGUUCAAACACUUGCUGUCUCAUGUAUGUUGACCAUAUAACAUUACAAGACCUCAUAAAAUAUCAAGGUGUCAAAUGUGAAGUGUUGCAAGGAUACUAUUACGAUGGAAACAGAGAUAUGAGAAUAAGAGAUGAAGUAAAGAAGUUGUUUGAGUUAAGGUUAAAGUAUAAGAAAGAAGGAAACCCCUUACAAGAAAUUAUAAAACUCAUUCUGAACAGCAUUUAUGGCAAAACUAUUCUAUCUCCU